UCACCCCGGGUGAGCGCUGCCUCCUUCCCAUGGGAUUCGGGAGAAGGUCCGUUCACCCGUCCCCGUGGUGCUCAGACCCUUGGAUGAGCGCUGGGAAAGGAUGGCACAUCUUCCCCCCCCCCCCCCCUUGAAAUGAACGUUUUCUUGGCAAAUCCCCGCGUAACUGAUGUGAGCGGAGCAGCCAGGGAGCCGUGAACGGUCGCCGCGCGGCCCUCGCCAGCCAGCGCGCGCAAUUAAAGGUGUCGCAAAGUUACUUCUGCUGCAAAUACCAAGGUGUCAGGCCAAAUCAUGUCACGCCGUCCCCGAAGGGGCACGAGACGCGCGCAGAUGUGUCACCAAGGCAGAUGUGUCACCGGGAUACCUGCAGCGGGGCGAGCGGGGAGGCCCGAUGCGGUCCCGGCUGCGUGGCCGGUGCCUCCCGCACCCCGGCAGGUCGGGGGUGCCGAGGAGCCGCGACGGACACCUUUCCACACCCCCCGGCACGGUGAUGCAGCGCGAGCUCCUAAAUUUCACGUGCGUGGCGUCGGAAAGGCACCGCCGUGCGCCUGGAUUCCCGCUGGCGCUUGGCGCGAGGGUUUCUCUCAAUAACGGAUCCUGCGCGCUAACGAAGGCGGCGUUGCAGAACCUGCCCGCUCGCAUCACGUCAGCGCGGCGGCGGCUCCGGCAGCCCGCGAACGCGCUCGGUCGGGGGGCGGCCGGCGAUGCCAGAGCCACCGCGAGGCCACGGCCACCGCCACCUCCUCCCUCGCCCCAAACGGCGCCGAGCGCGUGCUCUGCUCUGCCUCCUGCCCCCUUCUCCCCUUCUGAGCCUGCUGCUCCGUUGCUCUGCCCCUGCCGGCCCCCGGUUUGCUGAUUUUAUGCCCUCGGUGGUAAUUUUGGCUCCUCCGUGAUCUCCUGUUCUGCUCCUGUUUGGGACAUCUGCUGCCAGGGGCCAAGUCCUCCAGCAUGGGGGACCGUGCAGUUGUGCCCUGGAGGGGCUGCUUUGGGUUCGUCCUUGCCCGUGGACGGCGGGGACGAGCUGUGCAGGGGCCUGGGCGCUGGGACAAUGCGUGCUGGGGCACCGGGAUGACGUGUUGGUGCACCAAGAUAACACGUAUCGGUGCACCGGGAUGAUGAAUGUUGGUGCACCAGGAUGACACGUGUCGGUGCAUAAGGACAAUGUGUGUUGCACCAGGACGAUGGGUGUUGGUGCGCGGGGAUGAUGGGUGUUGGUGCACCAGAUGACAUGUGUUGGUGCACCGGGACGAUGCAUGUUGAUGCGCUGGGAUGAUAUGUGCUGGUACAUGGGGAUGAUGCGUGUCAGUGCAGCAGGAUGAUGCAUGUCGGUGCAUGGAGAUGACACAUGUUGGUGCAGUGGGACGAUGUGUGUCAGUGCAUUGGGACAAUGCGUGUUGGUACAUCCAGACAAUGUGUGUCAGUGCACCAGGACGACGUGUGUUGGUGCAAUGGGACGACGCAUAUCGGUGCACUGGGGUGACACAUGUCACUGCACCGGGAUGAUGCUUGCUGGUGCAUCGGGACGACGCGUGUCGGUGCACUGGGAUGACACGUCAAUGCACCAGGAUGGUGCAUGCUGGCACAUCAUGGCCCCAGGACCCUCCCAGCCCCUUCCUGGGGCAUUUAUCUCCACCAGAAAUCCGCCCCUGCCGCCCGUCCCCAUGCUGAGGGGCUUUAUGCAGACCCAGACCUCCAUCCGUGGCCCGGCGGGUGCAGGACUGUGCGGUGCUGCGGCGUUAGCACCGCAGGUCCGUGCUGUCUCUCGGCAGGCGCCGGCAGUGCGCGAGGAUGCGGUGGCCCGGGUCCCCACGCCGGUGACGCUGGAGGACGUGGCGGUGCGGUUCUCCGCCGAGGAGUGGGCAAUGCUGGAGGAGUGGCAGAAGGAGCUCCACCGCGAAGUGACGGAGGGCACGUGCCGGCUGCUGGCCUCGCUCGGGGGGCUGCUGCCGGGUGCCGAGUGCUGCAGCGGUGCCGUGUCUGUGGGCCAGGACGCGGCCGGCGGCGGCGGGGGGACCGUGUCCGUGCGUCCGGCAGGGCAACCCGGCGGCCUCCCGCUCAGCGCCCUGGUGCGGCUGGUGAAGGAGAUCCCCGAGUUCCUCUUUGGCGGCUCCCGGGCCGGUGCCGACCCCGCGAAGGCGGAGGCGGCUCGGGGCGAUUCCCGCGGCUCGGUGGAGGUUCCUGUGGCACCAUGGAGGGGGCUGCACCGCGCUGGUGGGUCCGGGAGCCGGAUGCAUCCCGGCGGCACCCGGGGUGUCUCCGACGCCGCUGCGGUGAGCGGGAUGCCGAGGCAGACGCCGGGGGACGAGGGCUGGCAGAGUCUCGCCGUGCCGGUGCCGGCAGCCGUUAAGGCAGAAGCGUUGACAGCGAGCUCCCCGCUGCGGAGCCUGGAGGAGCUGGUGGGCAGGGGGCCCGGCUGGUCGGGGCCGGCGGCGAGCAGGGCCCGCGCGUCCGGCGGGGCGCAGGAGCGAGAGCGGCGGGGCCUUGACUCUCCGCCCUGGAGAUGCUCCCCCAGAGGCUCCUCCGGCUCGCCCUGCUCCGUGCAAGCGGACUCGGCCGUGGCUGCUCCCGGCUCCGGCCCCGGGAGCUGCUGCCCGGAGCUGCCCGAAGAUGGAGGUGGCUGCCCCAGCCCUGCCUGCAGUGGCUCCGUGUGCAGCAUCUCCGGGUGCAGCAUCUCCGGGUGCAGCGGCUGCGGAUGCAGCGUCUCCCGAUGCAGCGCCUCCGGAUGCAGCAUCUCUGGAUGCAGCAUCUCCUCCGCCGGCAUCUCCGAGGGGGAGCAGGGGCUGAGCAGGCUGGCAGCGCCCUGGGCCGCGGGCUGGUGCCCGGAAGCCGGGCGCGCGGAGCUCGGCCCCCUGCAAGGGCUGCUGACCCGCCUGCGGGACAUCGCCGCCCCGACGCCGGGCCCAUCGCAGCCGGCGGCUGCCAGCGGCGCCCGCAGCCCCUCUGCGGCCGGUGGGUGCGCGGCACGAGCGCGGCAGGGCUCAGCGGCCGCCGGGGCGCUCGGCGGGCUCGGGGGCGAAGCUGCCUGGGGGGACCUGACUCCUCCGGGAGGAGGGACGCCGGGGGACUCCCCGCUCCGAGGCCUGGAGCGGUGCCUGAGGGCCGUCGCGGGGGGCCGCCGCGCUGAUGCCCCCCGCCCCGCUCGAGCCGGAGCCACCGUGGAGCCGUCCCCGCUGCGGGGCCUGGAGCGGUGCCUGCGGGGGCUCCCCGCCGCGCCCCCCGGCCCCCCGGCCGCCGGCAGCCCCCCCGGGACACCGAGCGGGGCCAGAGCCACUGAAGGCGCGCUGGCGGGGGCCACAUGGCCCCCGUGCUGGUGCUCGGGGAGCUACUCGGCCGAGACCCCCGUGAGCAGGCCGGGGAGCGCCGGCGCCGGGGCCGAGAGCGCGGCAGAGCCGGCGGCGUCCCCGCUCCGCAGCCUGCUCCGGUGCCUGGAGGCGAUAACGGCACCGGCCGGGGACAGCGGUGCGCGGGUGCAUCCGCAUCCCCGCGGAGCAGCGACGGGGACCAAGAGACCUUUUGCUGAAGGUACCCGGGGCCGCGGCACGGCCGGGGCAGAGCCGGUGCUGCCGAGGGGGGCACGCGGGGCCCGGUGCCUCCGUCCGCUCCCGCGAAACCCACCGGGGCCCCUCCGCCUUGCAGCUGGGACGCCCGGCGCCCCGGCACCCAUGGGCUCCCACGGCCGUGCCGGCGGGGGCGGCUUGCCCAAGCGGAGACGCACCGAGGGGGCCCCACGCGGCCGGGAGCCCCCGGAGCCGGGCCGCACUGGCGCGGGGCUGGCGGAGACGCUGGAGCGGCUGGCGGAGGCCGUCGGGGCAGCGUGCCGGGACCGGGCGCCGGAACCGGGCGUCCUGGCCGCGGCCAGCGGGCGCCUCCGUGCCGCCCUCCGGCGCCUGGAGGGCCGGUGCCGGGCGCUGGAGAGGCGGCGGCGGCGGCGGCGCGUGGGGCUGCGGCUGCUGGGGCUGCCCGAGGGGGCGGAGGGCACCGACGCCGCAGCCUUCCUGCGCGGGAUGCUGCCGGCGGCGCUGGGCCUGCCCGAGGACGCGGUGCCGCUGCGCAUCGAGAGCGCGGGGCGGGCGCGCGGGGGGCCCUGCUGUGGCCCGGCCGCCCGGCCCCGGGCGCUGCUCUUCACCCUGCCGCGCUUCGCCGAUGCGCUGGCGUUGCUGCGGGCCGCGCGCCGGAGCCCCGAGCCCCCGAGCUGGGCCGGCGCCCGCCUGGCCAUCGUCCCCGCCGCCCGCCCCCGGCCCCGCCGCCGCCGUCGGGCCCCCCGCGGCAUCUGGCGGGCGGCCGAGCUGCGGUUCGGCGGGGGCUCCCCGGGGCCGUGAGGGUGCUGGGCUCGGCCACCCGGGCCGGCCCUGGGUGUCCCCUCGCACGGCGGCGCUCAACCCCCCCCGGGCACCUUCGGGGGGGUUCGGGCGUCCCGGGCGGCCCCACGUCCUGCUGGCCCCGUCUCCUCCCGGGACAGACGUGCCAUCCAGGAGGUCUCCAUCCUGCGUGGUGCUGAGCCCUGGCGGCUCUCGGUGCCGGUCCCUGUGUCCCACGCUUGUGCACCGCAGUAAAGCCCUGAUGGGA